AUGACUAGUCCGAAACGAGUCGAUAAAAGGAUACCUCUCAGAGUCACCUGCUUGAAUGUCCGCACACUGCAGGACAGCAACGAAAAUGAAUGCCCUCAACGGAAGUCUGCGCUGGUGGCUUUAGAGUUGGCUCGGCUAGAUGAAGUUAUAGCUGCCCUCAGUGAGCUCAGACUACCGUUAGAUGGCUCCAGAUACGUUACUAUUAUCAGUGCUUACGCUUCCACUCUGCCGGCAGAGCCUGAAACCAAGGAAAGAUUCUACAAUGACCUGAGGAGAGUCCUGUGCAAGGUGAACACUACUGACAAACUUAUUAUCAUGGGCGACUGCAACGCUCGAGUGGGGAACGACUACAGCGCUUGGCCAGGUGUUCUAGGUAGGCAUGGCAACUGCAACGAUAACGGCAGGCUCCUGUUGGAACUCUGCUCUGAAGCAAAGCUUGCGAUAACCAACACGUUUUUUCAACAAAAAAGCAGUUUCAAGACCACAUGGAUGCAUCCACGCUCAAAGCACUGGCACCUGUUGGAUUACAUAAUAGUGAGGCAGUGGAAUGUCAGGGAUGUGACGCACACUAGAGUAAUGCCCAGUGCCGACUGUUACACGGAUCAUCGUCUUGUCCGGACGAAGCUGAACAUCACCAUCAAGAUGGUAAAAAAAGAUGGCCUGCCUAGGGCAAAGAAGCUAAAUGUUGAAAGGCUGGCUGACGUACGAGAGCGCUUCAGUGUACUACUCGAGGCUAAUCUUUGA